AUGUCUUCGUGCGGUAAUGAGUCCAACGGUAACCAUCAGAUCCUGAGGAUCAACAGCGGGGCCAAUGAUUUGGACGAACUGUUCAAAGCGGUGGCCAAUCCUAAGGACAGUUACAUCCCUCUGUCAGUGCCUAUGCGUCAGCGCAAUCUUCCGGCCUCUUUCUUCAGGCCUCCCGACGGCUCCACCAGUGCUUCCCAUUCACGCGAGUCAUCCCUCGACGCCUCCUUCUCGCCCCCACUCUCGCAGCCCUCGGGAUCGCCAUUGAGUCCGGCGUCGCCUCAGCAGCCGUCGCUUCAGCAACACAUGUCCGCAGUUCCCGCCGGUCUCACUAUAAGCCACCCGAGAGCCCACUCGUCGCCCGCCUCUCUGCAGCAGACGCUGGCCGUGUCGGCAGCCAUGGCUUCGGCCCAACAGCAGCAGUCCGUUCACUUGAGGCAAUACAGCUAUGAUAUCGAUGCCAUACCACUGCCAGAGGGCUGGCAGAUGAACAAGACGGAGACCGGAGAGCGAUAUUUCAUCGAUCAUAACAAUAAGACUACUCAAUGGGAAGACCCGCGCAAGAAGCAGAUCCAACAGCAACUUCAGGCACAAAUCCAACCCCGACUUGUGGUCGUCUCGCAAACCAAUAAUAAUACCGCCAAUAAUGCCAUUAACAACAAGACGAGCGGUUCGGCCACUAAUCUGUCCUCAAGUUUGGGUCCAUUUCCCAAAGGCUGGGAAUCUGCGCACACCGAAGACGGGGACGUCUAUUACAUCAGUCACAUCGAGUGUAGGACCACUUGGAUUGAUCCGCGACUCCCGCUAUCCGCUCAACAAAGUAGAGCUCAACUGCACACCGGACGGACACCUCCGCCGCCAUUCACUGGAAACACAGUACCGCCGAGUCUUGUGGCCGCUCUCCAGAACAUGAACACAUCGGGCAACACAUCCGCGGUGUCGACCACCGACACGAUCCGUCUUCAGCAGCAACAACACCAGCGAACACUUCUCACACUAGAGUUGGAGCGACAAAAGUUGCGUCAAAGACAGAGUGAGAUCCUCUCGAAGCCAUCACCUCUCGUCCCCUCAUCUCUUGUCGACAACACGUCUGGCAUUCGAUUGCCUCCCAUUUCGAGCACUGGAAUCGAUCCGUUCUUAAGCGGAAACAGCAGUGCAUUCAAUAAUAACGAUUGCCAUUCGCGACAAGAGAGCGCCGACUCUGGUCUGGGUUUGGGCUCCAACUAUAGUCUCCCUCACACUCCCGAAGACUUCCUCAACAUUGAGGACGCGCUCAACGGCGGAGACGACGCCAACAAUAACAUGAGUCGUAACAACGACUUGGGUUUAGACGGUCUGGCGGUCGGGAGUCUGGAUCUCGUGCCCGAAAACAUGGAGUCCGACGACUUGGUGCCCACUCUGACCGACUUCGGCACCGAUAUCUUGUCCAUCGUUGAGGAACAGCUCGACAGUAAUAGAGAUAAUAUCAUGACUUGGCUUUGA